GUUCAAUAUUUGCGAGCAAGUGCUCCAAGUCCAAGUAAAAUACGUCGCGUUUGGUUAAAAACGCACUGUUUUCACACCUGAACAGUUGCGUAACCGUAACACGAGGAAAUCCAGCACUUGGAGGAAUUCCGAUGCAGUCUGUAUUCGAAAGUCGGACCGGUCAGCACGUUCUGCUCGUAAACACGGUGCGUUUUUAGUUACGAUUUUGGGUCAAGACGGAAUUAGAAUGUCAUUAAAGAAGGAAUCUUUGUCGGACGUUCAGCUCCACUUGGCUGCUUUAAACGGCGACUUGCUUCUUCUCAAAAGGAUUCUGGAUAGCGGCAAAGUACACGUGGAUUCCAGAGAUAAGGAAGGUACAACGCCCCUAAUUCUAGCAUCAGCCAACGGCCACUUCGACUGCGUGCAAGAGCUCCUCGAGCAAGGUGCCGAUCCUAAAGCAAAACGAAUAACGGGAACGACUCCUCUCUUUUUCGCAGCACAAGGAGGCCACUUGGACGUCGUCAAUAUCCUCCUAGACAAAGGGGCUCCACUGGAUUCAGCGAGUGUCGAUGGGGGAAGUCCGUUAUUUGUGGCCUGUCAAUGCGGACACAUGGAUGUGGUUAAGGAGCUGGUGAAACGAGGUGCCAAAGUCAAUACGCACAUGAAGGAUAAAGCCACACCACUUUUUAUCGCCGCCCAGAAUGGCCAUUACAAGGUGUUGGUGUUUUUGUUAGCGCAGGGCGCUAUUGUAGAUGCCAGCAGGACGGAUGGAGCCACUCCUUUGUGGAUAUCCGCUCAAAUGGGCCAUGAUCAUAUCGUUGCGCAAUUAUUGCGCGCUGGGGCAAGGGUGGAUGCCGCCAGAUACGACGGGGCUACUGCGAUUUUUAAAGCAUCGCACAAAGGACACUCCGCCGUUGUUGGAGAAUUACUGAAAUACAAGCCAUCACUGGGUCUUCUUUCGAACGGAGAAAGUGCACUCCACGCCGCCGCUUUGUCCGGGAGCCUUCCAGUCUGCAAGCAACUCAUCGCCGCCAGCGCGGAUCCCAACCUGAAAAACCAAGAGGGAUUUUCUCCAGCAGAGGUGGCGCAAAGACACAGACACAGCACCGUCAGCGAUUAUUUGCGGAAUUGUGCUAACCGUCAACUUCCCGCCAAAUGACACCGGAUUAAACAAUUAAACUCGUUUAUUACUAUGUGAGACUGUUAAUUUAUUUUUGUUACGAUAAGAGACUCGUCUGUGCCUUCUCUUCACGUUUGCUCAAACCGAGACUUUUGAAUUUUCCAUUUUGAUCUUAUAUUUGAGAUUGUUUAUUGUUUUCGAGCGGUUUCUAUGUGCAAUGUGUUUGUUACUCAUGUUAAAUAAUAAAUGGAGAUGAAAGUGUU